GCCUUCGGCUUGACCCUUCGGAGAUUACGUCACGUAUGCAUCGCAUGCAUGUGUGUCUCGAACCUAUAGUGAGAGCUGUCUAUGGGGGGCGAAGGGCGCUUCGAUCCGCCAUCAAGUGUCGGUUAGCGCGGUUGACGCGGGAUUCGUCAGUACGCUUUCGUUUUGCAAAGCGCGUAUGUGUGUCUAGAAAACGUUGUUGUAACGUUCGUUGUUUUUAUUUCUUCUAUCAAUAAUAGGUGCCCUAAAUGAGAGUGAGUCUAUGGUUUCACCUCAAUCCCUUCUAGGAGGCUAGCUCACAGAACUUUCUUGAGCUCUUGGGAUCCGCAGGUUUCACCUCGAUCCUUGCAGGUUAUUUCCUUACAUCUUGGUACCUUACUCAGGAGUCGCAGGUUCCACCUCGACCCGUUUGAAGAUGACAGCGAUAGUCGAAACGGUACCAGUCACGCUGGAGGAGCUGAUGAGUGUGGCGGCGAAUAAUGAGGAGGAUGACGCUAUCCUGGAUAACCUAAAAACAUUGGCAGCCGAGACUCUCCCAGAGGGUUGGCAGAAUCUUAAAAGUCUGAAUCUCUCUGCAGCAGAGGCACUGGGCCUAGACCCGGAGGCAGAGAGUGUGGACCCACAAGUGCUAAAUAAAUUACGGUACGCACUACCUACCGUGGGAAUCGCCAAGGCCUUUAAUCCUGAGGCGAGCAGUCUGAGUGAGAAAGUAUUCCGAGAAUACAAAAUUAAAAUGAUAAAUUGGGAUUUUUGUAGAGCCCUGAUCACGAGUCCUCCAGCAGUUGUGAAUAGACUGCGUGGGUCAAGGGCCCAGACAGAGAUAUUUGCAGGGUUUUUGAAACCAUUGAAGAAUCUGCUGGUUUCUCGAGUGGAAGCCGAUCAGGCUUUGAGACAGGCGGCAGGGGGCACGAUUGUUGAGGAGGAGAGUGAGGACGAGCCUCAGUCCAAACGAGCUCGAUUGGAGGCCUUGGAAAACCGAAUGGAUAUGAUGUUCAAGAUCUUGUGCGAGAAAAAAGAGAGAAAGUGCGUAGACGCAGCCUCUGACAAAGAGAAUAGUUUCUCAGCAAGUGCGAGCGAGGAUUCAAGUGAGGAGGAAGGUUCAUGGACAGCCCCAGAUAUGGGUUGGUCAGAACAACCUCACCUUUCAGAAUCGGGAGACGGUGAUCUAGUCCUAAUCCCACAGGUAAAGGUGUGUGAACCCCCCAUCCCUGAACCAGACUCGAAGAUUAAAGCGGACGGAUUGGCCUGCCAGAAACUCGGUACAGCAGCCUGGAAUCAAAUAAAAUACAAGGAAGUCCAAAAGAAACUCCAAGCAGCACCGGUCUUUGAUGCUCUCAAGAUAAAUAACCAACUGGGAGCCCUAGCUCCAAAGUCUUUCGCUCAGACACUCCUGGCAAAGUCAGACUCGUCGGCGGGUACCCUUACUCAUGGACUUUUGAUUCAGAGAGAGAGAUUAUCACUAGCGGCCAAGUCCUUAGUGGAAAAAUAUCCCCAAAUCAGAGAGGACGUCAGGAAAGCCUUCUUUGGGGAGUCCCCAUUCGCAACAAUUUCCGACGAAAUUCUGCAUUUCACUUGUGCAAAGAGGGCAGAGAUUAUUGAGUGGAGGAGAAACGCCUUUAAGGCUAGGGAUCCUCAUCAUACAGCCAAGUUGAUGGAAAUUCCUCCUUCUGAGUCCCAUCUAUUCGAUGAAAUGUUACUCUCGGAAUUCCUAAACCAUCAUGGGGGAGUUCGAAAGAUUUUUUUCCAGGAUAAGAAAAAAUCUUUUCAACCUGCUCAAUUUGGUAGCUUUCGCCCCAAACUGCAGAGUAACUCCAGAACCUUCUCUCAACCUCAAUCUUCAAGAAAAACCUCAGCUAGUUCUUCCUCUAGCAAGCAGGGAAAUAAAUCUUCAGGAAAGACCCCAAAAAAAGAUUACUCAAAAAGGGGGGAGCGCUCACAUCGGAAAGCCUGACUAUUGGUUCAGGGGAGGCCAGCUAAGCCGAUUCAUUCCCCAGUGGACGGACUUAGGAGCCCCGAAGCACAUUCUAGACGUUU